AUGCGCGGAAUGCGGGCCGACCAGAGCAGACCACGCCAACCAACUCCCCGUUCUGCUCUCUUCCCCUCUCGUCCCUUCUCGCCCUCCGCUGCAGCGAGUGACGUCAUCCGCAGGGCGUCCGGCCAAAUCAUGUUUCCAAUGCCCGAGCCGCUGGCGCCAGUGGCGACGCGGAUCACGGUGUCCCCGACGAGCACCUUCGCGUUCAACUUCUCCGCGGCGCGCUGCACCAACCUGCCUCGCACCGCUUACAGCGCCAGCGUGCAGUGGUCGUCCGCUGCCGCGGCCAAUCUCCCCGCGUGCGCCAACAUCACCUUCUGGAGCGGCGCGGGUUGCUCCGGCACCUCCUCGCUCUCCCUCGUGAAGCCCGCAAGCCUGACCCCCAGCACCACCAACUCCAGUCUCCCCUAUCCGUAUCCAGUGUCGGCUCGCUGCGGUAUCGUGGGCCGCUACAACGUCUCCUUCGACCCCUCCUCGCGCUGCACCCGCGUGCCCGCUGGCACGGCACCCGCUAGCGUGAGCACGGUUGCGAGCGUGCAGUGGGGGAGCGGCAGCAGCUUGGCGGGCGGCGGGGCGAGUGGGCCGUGCUCCCGGGUGUCGUUCUACCCGGGCACCAACUGCAACGGCGCUGUCAUGCAGCACAUCUACUCCUUCUCCAGGUCCCAACAUCGCGACCAUCACAUCAUCCCAAGCACUCGCGUCAGUUGUCUGCGGAUUCUGUAUGUCCCUUGCUGCCUUUCACCCCUUGCUGCCUUUCACCCCUUGGUGCCUUUCACCCCUUGGUGCCUUUCACCCCUUGGUGCCUUUCACCCCUUGGUGCCUUUCACCCCUUGGUGCCUUUCACCCCUUGCUGCCUUUCACCCCUUGCUGCCUUUCACCCCUUGGUGCCUUUCACCCCUUGGUGCCUUUCACCCCUUGCUGCCUUUCACCCCUUGCUGCCUUUCACCCCUUGGUGCCUUUCACCCCUUGGUGCCUUUCACCCCUUGGUGCCUUUCACCCCUUGGUGCCUUUCACCCCUUGCUGCCUUUCACCCCUUGCUGCCUUUCACCCCUUGCUGCCUUUCACCCCUUGCUGCCUUUCACCCCUUGCUGCCUUUCACCCCUUGGUGCCUUUCACCCCUUGGUGCCUUUCACCCCUUGCUGCCUUUCACCCCUUGCUGCCUUUCACCCCUUGGUGCCUUUCACCCCUUGCUGCCUUUCACCCCUUGCUGCCUUUCACCCCUUGCUGCCUUUCACCCCUUGGUGCCUUUCACCCCUUGCUGCCUUUCACCCCUUGCUGCCUUUCACCCCUUGGUGCCUUUCACCCCUUGGUGCCUUUCACCCCUUGCUGCCUUUCACCCCUUGCUGCCUUUCACCCCUUGGUGCCUUUCACCCCUUGGUGCCUUUCACCCCUUGGUGCCUUUCACCCCUUGGUGCCUUUCACCCCUUGCUGCCUUUCACCCCUUGCUGCCUUUCACCCCUUGCUGCCUUUCACCCCUUGCUGCCUUUCACCCCUUGCUGCCUUUCACCCCUUGGUGCCUUUCACCCCUUGGUGCCUUUCACCCCUUGCUGCCUUUCACCCCUUGCUGCCUUUCACCCCUUGGUGCCUUUCACCCCUUGCUGCCUUUCACCCCUUGCUGCCUUUCACCCCUUGCUGCCUUUCACCCCUUGGUGCCUUUCACCCCUUGGUGCCUUUCACCCCUUGCUGCCUUUCACCCCUUGGUGCCUUUCACCCCUUGGUGCCUUUCACCCCUUGGUGCCUUUCACCCCUUGCUGCCUUUCACCCCUUGGUGCCUUUCACCCCUUGCUGCCUUUCACCCCUUGCUGCCUUUCACCCCUUGCUGCCUUUCACCCCUUGCUGCCUUUCACCCCUUGCUGCCUUUCACCCCUUGCUGCCUUUCACCCCUUGCUGCCUUUCACCCCUUGGUGCCUUUCACCCCUUGCUGCCUUUCACCCCUUGGUGCCUUUCACCCCUUGCUGCCUUUCACCCCUUGCUGCCUUUCACCCCUUGGUGCCUUUCACCCCUUGGUGCCUUUCACCCCUUGCUGCCUUUCACCCCUUGCUGCCUUUCACCCCUUGCUGCCUUUCACCCCUUGCUGCCUUUCACCCCUUGGUGCCUUUCACCCCUUGGUGCCUUUCACCCCUUGCUGCCUUUCACCCCUUGGUGCCUUUCACCCCUUGCUGCCUUUCACCCCUUGCUGCCUUUCACCCCUUGCUGCCUUUCACCCCUUGCUGCCUUUCACCCCUUGCUGCCUUUCACCCCUUGCUGCCUUUCACCCCUUGCUGCCUUUCACCCCUUGCUGCCUUUCACCCCUUGCUGCCUUUCACCCCUUGCUGCCUUUCACCCCUUGCUGCCUUUCACCCCUUGCUGCCUUUCACCCCUUGCUGCCUUUCACCCCUUGCUGCCUUUCACCCCUUGCUGCCUUUCACCCCUUGCUGCCUUUCACCCCUUGCUGCCUUUCACCCCUUGCUGCCUUUCACCCCUUGCUGCCUUUCACCCCUUGCUGCCUUUCACCCCUUGCUGCCUUUCACCCCUUGGUGCCUUUCACCCCUUGGUGCCUUUCACCCCUUGCUGCCUUUCACCCCUUGCUGCCUUUCACCCCUUGGUGCCUUUCACCCCUUGCUGCCUUUCACCCCUUGCUGCCUUUCACCCCUUGCUGCCUUUCACCCCUUGCUGCCUUUCACCCCUUGCUGCCUUUCACCCCUUGCUGCCUUUCACCCCUUGGUGCCUUUCACCCCUUGGUGCCUUUCACCCCUUGCUGCCUUUCACCCCUUGCUGCCUUUCACCCCUUGGUGCCUUUCACCCCUUGCUGCCUUUCACCCCUUGCUGCCUUUCACCCCUUGCUGCCUUUCACCCCUUGGUGCCUUUCACCCCUUGGUGCCUUUCACCCCUUGCUGCCUUUCACCCCUUGGUGCCUUUCACCCCUUGGUGCCUUUCACCCCUUGGUGCCUUUCACCCCUUGCUGCCUUUCACCCCUUGGUGCCUUUCACCCCUUGCUGCCUUUCACCCCUUGCUGCCUUUCACCCCUUGCUGCCUUUCACCCCUUGCUGCCUUUCACCCCUUGCUGCCUUUCACCCCUUGCUGCCUUUCACCCCUUGCUGCCUUUCACCCCUUGGUGCCUUUCACCCCUUGCUGCCUUUCACCCCUUGGUGCCUUUCACCCCUUGCUGCCUUUCACCCCUUGCUGCCUUUCACCCCUUGGUGCCUUUCACCCCUUGGUGCCUUUCACCCCUUGCUGCCUUUCACCCCUUGCUGCCUUUCACCCCUUGCUGCCUUUCACCCCUUGCUGCCUUUCACCCCUUGGUGCCUUUCACCCCUUGGUGCCUUUCACCCCUUGCUGCCUUUCACCCCUUGGUGCCUUUCACCCCUUGCUGCCUUUCACCCCUUGCUGCCUUUCACCCCUUGCUGCCUUUCACCCCUUGCUGCCUUUCACCCCUUGGUGCCUUUCACCCCUUGCUGCCUUUCACCCCUUGGUGCCUUUCACCCCUUGGUGCCUUUCACCCCUUGCUGCCUUUCACCCCUUGCUGCCUUUCACCCCUUGGUGCCUUUCACCCCUUGCUGCCUUUCACCCCUUGCUGCCUUUCACCCCUUGGUGCCUUUCACCCCUUGCUGCCUUUCACCCCUUGCUGCCUUUCACCCCUUGCUGCCUUUCACCCCUUGCUGCCUUUCACCCCUUGCUGCCUUUCACCCCUUGGUGCCUUUCACCCCUUGCUGCCUUUCACCCCUUGGUGCCUUUCACCCCUUGGUGCCUUUCACCCCUUGCUGCCUUUCACCCCUUGCUGCCUUUCACCCCUUGGUGCCUUUCACCCCUUGCUGCCUUUCACCCCUUGCUGCCUUUCACCCCUUGGUGCCUUUCACCCCUUGCUGCCUUUCACCCCUUGCUGCCUUUCACCCCUUGCUGCCUUUCACCCCUUGGUGCCUUUCACCCCUUGCUGCCUUUCACCCCUUGGUGCCUUUCACCCCUUGCUGCCUUUCACCCCUUGCUGCCUUUCACCCCUUGGUGCCUUUCACCCCUUGCUGCCUUUCACCCCUUGCUGCCUUUCACCCCUUGGUGCCUUUCACCCCUUGGUGCCUUUCACCCCUUGCUGCCUUUCACCCCUUGCUGCCUUUCACCCCUUGCUGCCUUUCACCUCUUGGUGCAUGGAACCUGUUUUACUUGGCCCAAGGCUUCUGA